CCAGAACUCUGGCCAGUGCAUGUGUGUGGGGUCCUUGUAGGAGGCAAGUGUGUAGGACGAUGUGAAACUCUUUCCAUGUAAUGUAAGGCUGCAGAAUUUUGGCAAGCUCUGUCGAGUACAUAAGGACCUCUUACAGCGUCUGUGUGCGCUUUGUCUUCCACCUCCAGUCCUGAAGAGCAAGAGCGUUGUCCAUAUACAUUGGAUCAUGUUCCGGAAACACGGGGUUGUAGUCCGUGGGUCUUUGCUUGCAUUACUGUCCGUCCACAUUCAGCUUCAGUUACUGUGAUAGAAUCCCUUAUAGAGGGUUUGGGAUCAUUGUCCGGUCUUUUGGGGCUUUUCUUUUCUCUCAUGGAGACCUGGCUCGCACCCCAGAGGAAGAGGAAAUGACACGUUCUGAGCACUGCUAAGCACAAGCCUCAGCACUCCGCUCUGAUCAAGACUCAACUGAACAUGGAGCAGAUGCCAGUCGUCUGCGUGAUUCUCAGAGAUGGAAUAAUAAUCUGGGGCUUAUUUACCCUGCCAGGUGACCCCGAGAGAUUUACAGAUGUGUGACUGCGAGGAGAUUAAACUGCUUCACUCGGUGAAGUGCUGAAUUCUGGGAGAAAGGGAGCAGAGGUGGAGGGGGGUCUCUGUGGAAGAUGCUGGGCUCGGACCAAGGGGUAGUGGAGGAAUGGCUCUCAGAAUUCAAGACGUUACCCGAAAACCAGCUCUCCAGUUACGCAGGCAGCCUUCAGCAGAAGAAGACCCUGGUGCCAGCGCUCUACAGAGUCAUCCAGGACCCCGGCAAUGAGCUUCUGGAGCCCGUGUGCCACCAGCUGUUUGAGUUAUACAGGAGCUCAGAGGACCGCCUCCGGCGCUUCACCCUGCAGUUCCUGCCCGAGCUGGUCUGGGUGUACCUACGCCUCACUGCCAGCAGGGACCGCCAGAGCAACGGCUGCAUAGAAGCCCUCCUCCUGGGCAUCUACAACCUGGAGAUUGUCGACAAAGAUGGAAACAGCAAGCUUUUGUCCUUCACGAUCCCCUCCCUAUCCAAACCGUCAGUGUAUCACGAGCCCUCCAGUCUGGGGUCUAUGGCGCUAACAGAGGGUGCUCUCUGCCAACAUGAUCUCAUCAGGGUGGUUUACAGCGGCCUUCAUCCCCAGAGAGAAACCUUCACUGCCCAGAACAGGUUUGAGGUUCUGUGCUUUCUGAUGCUUUGCUACAACUCAGCUGUGGUCUACAUGCCUGCCACCUCUUACCAGUCUGUGUGCAGAAUGAGCUCACGGCUGUGUGUGUGCGGGUUUCCACGGCAACAGCAGAAGAUGUGGCGGGAGCCGUGUAACCGCGUGGUGCUUGACCCGGAGUUCAUGGUACAGAUGCUCACAGCUGUCUAUCAUGCCAUAUAUAACGGGGAGUGGGACAUGGGCAGAGAGGCUCUGGAUGACAUCCUGUACAGAGCUCAACUGGAACUGUACUCACAACCUCUACUGCUGGGCAACGCGAUGAAGAACUCUCUGCCGGACAGUGCCCCAGAUGGCUCUCGCGGAAAGAAGAUCCUGCAGGUGGAGGUCACGCCCACCGUCAGUCGAAUCUCCCGUACCGCCAUCACCGCCGCUUCCAUCCGCCGCCUUCGAUGGAAGAGAGAGGAUUGUUUUGACUUCACAAGCGAUGCAGAGUUCAAGCUCACCGUCAAUCCCAGCCGACACACCCCCCGGGAUCCAGCAGCCAAUCCAGAGCCAGGAGGGAGGGGUCAGAUCGGCAUACUCACGGUCACAUACGAGGAUGCUGAUGGCAUGAGUGGAGGAGAAGAAUCCUUCAACCUCAAUGACCCUGAUGAGGGUUUUUCAUCGGGGGCGUCCAACAGCAGUCAGCCCAGCGGCACCAGAGCCGGAGGGACCGGCACCGGCCGAGCUGGCAGCCAGAGGAGCAGCGGCAUGAAGAAAGGGGUGAUGAGUCGAGCAUCUCGAGAACGGGAGAGAGAAAAAGAAAAAGAGAGGGAGAGAGAGAAGGAGGUACCAGCGGAUAAAUACAAGGAUCUCUCCACGGAGUUCCAGGCUGCACCGCGGAGGCACCAACAGCAGCCACAACAACAGUCGUCACCUCCCACCAUCACCCUGGAUGCAAUUGAGUUGAGUCCCAUCAAGAAGCACUUGAGCUUCCCUGCAGGCCCCUCUCUGGUCAGGACUGCCAGUACCUCCUCCAGCAAGUCCUUUGACUGCAUGAACAUGAGUCCGAACGGAGGCCAGGCGGAACCGGGGGAUCUGGAGGCCCUGCCGGGGGCUCUCAGUUCGGGAGGCGCCCAUCGCUACUCCACCAUCAGCCUGCAGGAGGAGCACCUGGUGAGACCAGAGGAGGCCAAGGAGCUGCUGUCACCCGGAGCACCUCUCACCAAACAGUCCCGUUCCCCCAGCUUCAACAUGCAGAUCAUAUCACAGGUGUAGAGAGAUGAUUAACACGCCCGAUAGUUUCCUCCUCGCGUACUCUCCUUCUCUUUACUCCCCUCCCACGUGCUUUCGUUCCUCUGUCUCUGAGGCUCAACCACACAGCCCAGUGGGUCUCUCAUGUCAGGGUAAAGUUUCGACUCCCAUCUAAAUGCUUCAGAUUUAGGGGGAGGUGCGGUACUGUCAAGGGUGGUUGGCUUUUUUCUGUAUUUACUACCUUAAAGGAGCACUAUAAAAUCUCAUAAAUGUCCUUUUUCAGGGAACACCAACCUUCCCCACCGGAGAUCUACCGAGAUCCUUUGUGCCGAUGCUUGUUCUGAUGGUCAGAUGCUCAUAAAGACCUCAGCUACCUAAACCAGAUGGGUUUUAGAUCAGGGCUGGAAUAUUACUAUGCUGGAAGGUUGAUCUCCAAAUGAAGAGUUGGCCACUGCUGUAACUGGACAACCCGCCCCCACCAAGGGCAAUCAGAAUCAAAAUUCUACGUAGCUGAAAAGCCAUCCUAACGGAAAACAACCCUCAACCAACUCUGCUAGACAUACCUAGUAUGGCGUCUCCCACCUCUCCUCAGACCAAACUAAACAUUCCAGUUCAUGGGAGACCCACUAACUACAUGCAGCAAGUCGGAACAAAGAAAACCCCCUCUCUCUGAAAGAAAACGCCAUGGAUUUGGAUGUUAUAUUUUGCUAAUUCAGAUAUUAGGCUCCCUCCCAUAGUCUAUAUUUUGUAAGCGAUCAGCAAUAAUUUGGUUCUUGUUCUUGUUCGCAGACAACGAAUUAUCGUGCUUCAUUGUGUUUCAUCCCCGUUAAGCCGUGGGUGAUGUGCAAUCUGUAUCAACUUUUUUAUGUUGAGCAACUUUUUUUUAAUGUGAAACCUCCUCACUGACAAUGCUCUUUGAUUUCAGUCUCAUUCCAAAGACAGUGACGUUGACAAAUGGUUUACUCUUUAAUGACCAUGAUACUUUGGAGAAAACAAAACGUUGAUCUAGUUUUUACAAUUUGUCAGCAAGUUUGAUUUAUUUUUGGGAUAAUUUAUACAGUUUGUGACUAUACAGUUGAUCUCUGUGAUUUGAUAUUAAUCAAACUCAAGUUCUUGAUACUCUGGUAAAGUCAAAUACUAAGUCUUUUUAGUGUACGUAUCUAAGUUUGAGGUUCAAAGACAGGAGAGUCUUGUCAAAGUGUAGCAACAGAACUGUUCUCUUUGGUGAGCAAUUUGUGGAAAAGAGUAAUUGGCAAUUGCUUUGGACAAAAGGUCACACAGAAAAAGUGCAAGUAGAAGAGCAUGUAAGAGAUUCGAAUUCCAGGAAUUUGAUAGGCUUCAGUAUCUUACUUUCAAGGGUAGUUAUUGCUGGCAAAUCAUCCUUUGUCCAUUCAUUUCAGGGGGUGGGGACACUGUAUGUGUGUGUUUGUGUGUGUGUGUGUGUGUGUGUGGUUUGUAUCUCAUGCCCAUUGUGAGGUCUGCGUGAGUGAUAACCGGUCCAGGAUACUCAAAGAGUCGGAAAGCCAAUCAUCUAGACUUCUGUUACCUGACAUUCACAAAACAUUUGUUCUACCUCGUCUUGAAUUUCACCUGCUAUUCAGCCACUGAACCGGUAAAGCAUGUUGGUGUAGAGUGCACUCAGUGUGGAGUUCUCAGUCAGUUUGUUAAAAUAUUAAAUAUGAGAGAGUGGUCAAACUGUUGUUCUCCAACCUCUCUUCAAAGCAUAGCUGACUAAGAAUUUCACUGGCGAACUGGCUAGGUCACUGCACUAGUUGACUGAAUCUCUUAUGAUCAUAGUGUGCAAAUCUUCGACCUUCCGUACCUGCCUGAUGCCUCUCUUCGUAUGUGUCUUUCUUCGAGACCAAGUCUUUUGCCCUAUUUUUUUUUUUUUUAUUUUAUGGGUUUUUUUUUUUUAAAUGAAGUAGCACACACUGCUUCUUUUGAAAGUGCAAUUUGUUUCAUGUGAAGAAUUGAGUGCAUGCUGACUUCAUUUUUGGACAUAUAGGAAAGAUAAUUGAGUGUGUGUGUGUGUUUUUUUUUGUUUUGUUUUUUUUAAACUCAGCCUUGUUCGAGGUGUCUAGAUGUUACCGACUAGUGGUGUUCAUAUUAUCACUGAGUCCUAUACUGUUGACUGUGCUGAGAAAAUUGAGCAACUUCCAUACUCCUUUCCUAUGUCUGCUCUAUGCCAAAUGUGCCAACCAGUACCCAUUCAAAACUUUUAUAAAUUCAGUGUGUCUUAAUAUGUCGUUACAUUCACUUUUAGUUUGGUUUACUUUAGUGGUCUUAUUUCAAAUGUACAUAUGAAGCCUAUUUGGUCUUGUGGACAAAUGUGUUUGACUGACUGGCUCUAACUCUCUAUAAUCUCCACAAGCAACAAUCUUUGUGUUUUUUUUGUCAGGAAUAAUCCAUGAAUUGCAUUCUAGGUUUCAUCGUAGAUUAUUAUUAUUAUUAUUAUUAUUAUUAUUA